UCGCCUGUGGUGCAUCAGCUGCAAUCAAGAGGCUGCAUUUAAACCCAGUGUCGUCAUCUCUCCUUUGCCAGUCCGACAGCUACCAAUGGUGGUAACAAGUUGCAUCUCUCUGUGUUUCCUUUCAGGUCGAUGUUUUGCCUUACCUAACUCUCCUUGUGUUCUCAGUUUUUGACUCAUCAGUUAUACUGUAAGCACCCAGCUUCCAGCCAGAAAUCUCACCCACCACUGAACCUUGCCGUCUAAACUUGGAUUCUCUUCACCUCUACUGCCUGCCCUCCUGCCUGCUGACUGUGCUGGAAACACUAAACCUCAGGUUGGACAAAUACUCAGCUGCUCAGUCUUCAAUACCCUCCCCAAGCUGGAAAUCGGCUUCACUGUGUGUAAGCAGUCAAGAUCUGUGUUGUAAAUAAUGUGAGUCUGAUUCACUGAGUAUGUUGUGUCUGCAUCUGGGUACUUUCCUUGUGUUGGCCUCUGGGCCGUUUGUGACGUAAUCUUAAGAUGUUGCCUGGGCUUCUUGUUUUCAGUCAUACUCCGUAGCAUUGAUGACAUGUGCUUGAUUCCCAAACAGAGACCUGUGUGACAUGUUUUGAAUGUGCAGAAGAUUUUUUUUAACCUGAGCAGAAAUAUUUCUGAAGCAUAUUUAGGCUAUUAAAAGCCGCAAGGAUAUAUAUUGUUUUAUGAAUAAGUGACACAUACAUGUUUAAGCAGGUAACGUCUCCUGACAAAGAAGCCAAAGUCUCCUAAUAUCAGACAAACCUUAUUUAUUUGUGAACACCUGGCUAUUAUGUGGUAACUGUGUGAUGCUAUCAUGUGGACCAAAAUCUCUGAAAAAAUGUUUGCAGCACUUUGUUGAAUCUACUCCAAAAAAGGCAAAAGGUGGUUCAGCCUGGUACUAGCACAGUGUAUGUAAUACAUUUUCCAGUGAGUGUAUAUGUAACACAAAGUGUUGCAAAAUGGGGCAACUUACUUUUUCCAGUCAAGAGCAGAAGUUGGUACAAGAAACAGAAGUCACGGAGUUAAGAAACAGUAACUUCUUGUAUUAUGAUGCUCUGUGGCUUUAAUACUGGGGCAUCUCUGAGUAGAGUUCACAAAAGGCUCAACAGAAAGACAAAAUAACAAUGACAGAGAAUGAUAUUAAGUACACUUCUUUUGUAGGUAAAACGAACAGUAAGUCCAAAUCAAGAAAUGCAUAUACAGGGAGACAACUUCAUCAGUUUUGGAAGCCACUGAGGUCAACCUCAGACACAUAUGUGUGGAGGGUUAUUUCUCUGUCUAGAAGUUACACGAAGCUCAACAGAAAGUCUGUAAGGAUGGCAGAGGAGGAAGUUAACUAUGCCACAGUCAAAUUCAAAGAAAAGAAACAUUCCCAAUCAAAAGUUAAAAAGGAGGAAACUGUUUUUGAUGAAGUGGAGGUGAAAAAUGAAGCAAAGGAACAAACUCUGGACACAAACGACAAGACAUCAGACAGAACUACGAGCAGACAUCGCCACUAUAAACAGUUGGCUUGUUGUUUGGGAAUCAUUUGUGUCAUGUUGGUGUUUGGCAUCAUAGCAGUCACUGUCUACCAUGUGUACUACAAACUCAGCUCAGACACUGAAGACUUGAGGAAGAACCAAACCAACCUCAUACUCCAGAUUCACAACCUGACACGAGACUCUACUCUCGCAGAAAAACAACUUGCAGAAAACGAGGAGCUCAAAAAGAAAAAUAAGGAGCUGGAGACAGAAAAGAAAAACCUAACAGAAAUAAUACAACAGAUGACGACAUCAGGGAAUGACUUCAAUGUUAGUCGAGCUCAGUGGAGCAUUGAUGCCUACUGUCCCAAAGAAAAUAACAACAGAAAAUGUAACCCUUGUCAGAAGGGAUGGCAACAUGUUGAGUCCAGCUGCUAUGCAAUUAAUGAUGCUAAAGGUGGUGAAUGGAAAACCUGGGAAGAAGCUCGAGAAAACUGCAGUGGAAAGAUUUCAGAUUUAGCUGUUGUUAUUAAUGAAAAAGAAAAGAAAACUGUCAGUGAAAAGAGUUGGAAAAAUAAUGAAAACAAAGGAUACUGGAUUGGUCUGAGAGUUGAAGAUGGGAAAUGGAAGUGGCUGGAUGGAAGAAAUCUGAAUAAUAGCUCCUGGAUCGACCAGCCUCCUUCUGUUGGUCACUGUGCAAUCCCUGUCCAAGACCAAGGAUUUAAAUCAGUGAGCUGUAAUGAGAAGAACCGAUGGAUCUGCAAAAAGAAAGCUUUGUCUGUUUGAAUACUGCAGUAAAACCUCAGAGGACUUUUGGAUAGUCUCAAUCUCAAAAAUAUAAUAUUAAUGAUGAUAUUAAUAACUGGUCAACAGAGGGCACUGCAUUACUUCAAAUCAAAGAGUUGUUGCCUGAAGUAUCUGCACUGAGAUUUUUUUCAUGUUGCAAUGAUAGUUAUUGUUAAGCUAUGUUAUAUGAAUGACAAAUGUUUUAGUCAAGCCAAGAACAACACUGUUCAAACUGCUGUCACAUGUGGAAGGAGGACAUCUGGCCUCUACAUUUGGACUUUGUUAAUCAGUCACAGUGUCAACAUCAGCUACAGAGCAGCAGAGAAGAACAGGAUGUUCAUCUUAUAAUUCAAGUCUCAUGUUGUGUAUUUUGCAUAUUGUUAUCAUAUCAACUUCACUUUUUUAGUGUUGUUAGUAAAGUUUUGAUUUUAUUCAUUUACAUUGAUUGAAAUGAAAGUAUGGAUCCAUCCUGCUUUGUAUCACCAGCUCAGCCUGGUGGUGGUGCUGUAAGGGUUUGGGGGGCAUUUUCUUGGCACACUUUGGGUCAUUUAUGCCAAGUGAGCAUAAAUAAAAAUGGC